UGAACAGCUGAUCAUACGCACGCGCCGCCGCCGCCGCUCGUGCGACGGCGGGCAGUCAGUCGUCGUCGCGCCGUAUUGACGUUUGUGCUAGCGACCGCCACCCGGUCGAAACCGCGGCUGUUCAUUAUAAUUGAACACAUUGGACUGCAAUAAUAAUUUUUAAAACGUUUUAAACAGUACCUACUUACCGUUAAUUUUUUUUACUCGUGGGCCACCACACAUUUUAUACACUCGAAUUGUUUACAUAUUUUAUUUUAUUGGAUACGGUUGCGUUUAUCUUUAUUUGUUAUUGUCGUUUUUAAAUUAUUCGAAUUUUUUAACUAUAGAAUUAUCAGCGACAACUGUUCGUUACACAAUAUAUUAAAUCAACGCGUUUCGAAGUCGACAGGAAUUAUUUUGUUGUUCAUGUAUACCACAUAAUCGUUUACAUAUUAUUAUCAUAGGACGACGACCGACGGUUAUGUGCGACCCGCUAUGAGUUCGCCAAAGUCGUCGGACAGGAAAUCGGGUAGAAAACAGUCGUUUUCGCACCAACGGUCCUCCAACGAGGACAUAUAUCAGCAGGACGAGUACGACACUCCGAAUCAAAUACUCGACCGCGUGAAAUGUGAUCAUGUAACUGUUACAAAACCAGAAGAAGAUCGACGGAGAAGGACCAUAAUUGUCGAGAAAAAAAAUGGAAGUUAUGGCUUUAUGCUCCAAAGUUAUGGCAUUCACUAUAAAAAAGAGCAGGAGAUUGAAAUGAUAACAUAUGUGGAUCACGUAGACUAUGAUGGACCGGCAUAUAGAGCCGGGAUGAGAGAAGGUGACGUAAUACUGUCAAUAAAUGGCGUCGACAUGGAAAAGGCUGACCAUAAAGCUUUGGUUAGCUUUAUAAAAAGCUGUGAUUCACGAAUGAGAAUGGUUGUACUAUUUGAAGACUGCGUGCGUAAGGUUGAUUUACACAUGAGAUAUAUACAACUUCAACGUACGCUUCAGGCCAAAGUUGAAGAACUGGAAAAAGUCGAAAUCAAAGAGAGAGAGCUCAUGGAAGGAAAAUGGAAAACGCACAGUUUGCCAGCGAGAAAAAAGUCUAGUCAUUCUUCUAAGGACACUGCCAACCAAAAUAUAUUGACUGAAAACGGUGAAAGUUCUAUGUCCAGGCCUACAUUAUCGACUGAAGACGUGGCCAAAGUACAGCCAAUUUAUGUGCCUAAACAAAAUUUUAUGUUGGCUUAUCGACCACACCAUUUCAUUGAUCAGCACGGACGUUCCUAUUACUUGCAUCAGCCCGCCACUGCCAUAAUCAAUGGAGAUUCAAGUUACGUCGGUUGGCACAGCAAUCGCUCGAUUAACAGCAGUAAAAGCUGCGACCAACAAGAAAACUGGGCGCCACCGGAUCAACCGGUUCAGCAGAGGAGAAGAUCGCAUUACGUGGUGGAAGUCAGCCGGCGAUGCAGCACGUCGUCGGACGUACCAAAUCGUUCGCAGCAACAACAACCGCACUGCAAACAGCACAACUUCACCAACAGAGCAUCGCAGCGGUCCUCGUCACAAGGCGAUAACUGUCCGCGAUGGGGUUGCAUACGCACCGGUGGAGGCGCAUCCAGUCGGCGGAGGAACGAUGGCGGCGGAGGACAUGACGCCGACGACGACGACGAUGAUAACGACGACGACGACGAUGACGAUGGAGGCAGCGUGGAGGCGUACGAUCUUUCGGCGGACGGCGGGGCGGCCUGCUGCCCGGGAUCGCAGUGUGUGCCCACCAGGAGACAUCGGCGCAGGCGCAAGUCAUCGUCAGCGCGUGGCGGCCGCGACAAAAGCCCAGACUGCAAAUCAGAGAGUUCGUACUGCCGGAAGGGACACGAGAAGCGGCGCAACUCGACCAGGAACGAAGUGCCCGACGAACACAACCCGUCACUGCAGCACGUUACCAGUACCAGCGGUAACCACGGCUACUCAAAUCUAGUGAACGAUCGGUACGCGUCGGACGAGCGGAUGUGCCAAAGCACGUCGAUCGGCGGGGGAGGCGGUGGUGGCGGCGGCCGGCCCUCGCAAAACAGCCUGACGGAGAACAGUCCAGCGUCGUACACGACGUCGCUGAGUACGGACACGCUGUACUGGGACGACGACCCGAUGGCCGCGGGUCAGCCGUCAGCCGCGUCCCGGCAGCACUCAGUCAAGUCGCAGUCGUCGUCAACGUACCGGCGUGACAACUGCGCCGUCAAGCCGGUCAAGUCUUGGGACAACCUGACCACCAAGGCGUUUGGUGGUUACGGGUUCGGCUACGAGUAUUUGGACCGUGAUCAGAUCGUCAACAACGGCGCCGGCGGCACAGGUACCGGACAGCAUCACAUGGUGUACCUGCAGCUGAAGAACGUCAAGGGUGGACAGAAACACCACGGCGGUCAUCAUCACCACCAUCACCACAACCAUCAACACCCGCAGCAGCAGCACAGCAUGCAGCAACAGCAGCAGCAACACAACCAUCACAACAACAAUCAACAACGCUCCAACCACCAUCACCAUCGCCACAACGCCGGCGGCAGGAUCCGUCACCCGACCAAGUCCACCGAAACGCUGCUCACGCUACCGCCGCAGUACCCGAUCGCGGCUAUUGAGUCUUCGGCCAGCUGUGAGUAUUUGGACGCAUGUUCGUCGUCGUCGUCGUUGGCGGCCGGCGGUUACUUCGCGGGAUACGUCAGGAACGACAAGGCCAGUCAGACUGACUGCCGCAGAUACGCAGCACAACAUCAGCAGCCACCGCCGCCCGAGGUGACGAGGCUUUGAUGAGAAUCUCCAACAACGCGUUAUUAUUGUACUAUUAAUUAUUAUUAUUUUAUUGUGUUAUACAUUUUUUUUUAAAUUUUCAUUCUUUACCUCGUCUAUUCUAUUGUAAUCGGGUUUUUUUUUACGCGACGAGAAAUUUUAUCAUAACAAAUAUUAGAUAUUUUAUUAUACCCCGCCAUAAUGUGAUUUUUUGUCUAUGCAUAUUCUUUCGUUAUAUUUACGAUAAUAUUAUUACACAAUAUCCUCAGAUUUAUCUCUAGUCAUCAAUUAUUAUAUAAUAUUAUAUUAGGUAGUAAAUUACUAAUUACUAUUAUUAUCCGAGUUUUAAGCUACGCGUUAUUUUAUUAUCAACCAUAUUAUUAUUAUUAUUGUUAUAUUAUUCUAAUACCUAAGGUCUUAAAAUAUAAUAUAGUUUACCCCCGUAUCGUAUCGUAUAUUAUAAUAGUAUUAUGUUUGAAUUUUUACUUAAACCGUGAAAUAGUGGAUUUGAUUGGCUUGUCGGUUUCGAUGUGUCUGUAUCGCCGUCACAGUCGGAUUGGACGGCGCCAAUUUUACAAUAUUCUUAGCCAUUUACUUAUAAUACUUAUCACGUGUAUGGUCGAAACUGCAUAUUUAUAGUUAGUUUUCAGUGACAGACUAUUUUUCACUAGAUAUUGCUGCGAGUUGUACAUAUUUUUAAGACGUUCGAGACGGAGGUUCAUUGGAAAACAAUCUCCUCGCCAAUUGUACAAUGUUUUAUAUUAUUAAUAAACUAUUAUAAUAACAGUAAUUAUUACGUGUAUGGUCGAAAUAGCAUAAUAUCUAGUUAGUUUUUCGUGACGAAUAAUUUUUUACUCUGGAUCGCUGUGGGUCAUUGAUAUAUAGGUAUAUAUAUAUUGUUAAGAUGUCCACGGCAUAGUUUCGUUCGAAAACAUAUUAUAUAAUCUCAUCGUCCAAAACGACUGCAGCGGUAACGCGUAUCGAUCCCACAUGAUCGGGACGAGGCCGAUUAAAAAAUAUUGAAAAUCAAAAUAUUCGUGUGCUGUCACUGUUUAUAAUAUUUAGGUAAUAAAUAAUAAUAUAAUUAUUAUAUUGUUUUACGCGUAAAAUAGAUACGCGUAUUAUACCUGAGCUUACUGCGUCCAUAUACGAGUUCAUAUUAUUAUAUUAUAAUAAUAUACAUUUUUAACGUAUUUUUACUGUUGUGUAUUGGAGGGGUCGAUUUUUAACCGCGAUAAAUUCUACAUCUAUGGUCCACUGAUUCACACGAUAUGUAAUGUGUUUUUUUUAAAUUUUUAUUUGCGUGCCAGUGUAAUAAUUAUUUGCUUUUAUAAACUUUGUAAAUGUUUUCUUUUUUGAUUAUCAAGUUCGCACUGAAUCGUACUUGUAUAUAUAUAUAUAUUGGGAUAUAUUAAAUUACAUCAAUAAGAUUUAAUUAGUUUAAUAAAUAUAAGAAAAAAAUCAAAAACUAGAGAACCCAACGUUUUUUGUAGACUUUUAUUAUAUACAGAUACUGUUUGUAAGUUAUAACGAACCACAAAAUAAAUAAUAUACAUAUAAUUAUAA